AUGUGGUUGCAGUUCACUUUGAACAGCGCAACUAGCAGGGUGUGGUUUAUAACGGUUGGAAUUGUCGCUUCGGCGAUUUACUUAGGUCUGAAGUACCUCUACUCGUUCUGGGAUCGUCACGGCGUACCGAAUCUGAAGCCAGUUAUUCCGUACGGUAACAUCGAGACGGUGGCCAAGAGAGUGGAUUCGUUCGGAGUUGGGGUUAACAAACUGUACCCCAAGACAAAGGGUCCACUGGUAGGAAUCUACUUAUUUUUCCGUCCGGCCAUUUUGAUCCGAGAUGCCCACUUGGCUUAUCAGAUAAUGACAGUGGAUUUCAAGUUCUUUCACGAUCGAGGUGUGUACUGUAAUGAACAAGGUGAUCCGUUUACUGCACAUCUGUUCGCCCUGCCGGGACAGCGGUGGAAAGCUUUGCGAAAUAAAUUUACUCCGACUUUUACAUCCAGACAACUACGCAACAUGCUUCCAACCAUCAUGGAUGUUGGAUACAAACUACAAAAGCAUUUAAAUCCGAAAGCAUCCCGGUGUGAAGUUGUGGAUAUGCGCGCAAUCAUAGGUCGCUUUAUGCAGGAGAUUGUGGCUAGUGUUUUCUUCGGCUAUGAGGCUGACUGCAUCAAUAAUCUGAACGAUAAUUUUACUAGUGUCAUGGAUUUCAUUUAAAAGGAUACUUUUUCCAUUAACUUUCGAUCGACGGCUGUAUUUUUGUGUCCAGAAUUGUUAAGAAUUACUGGCAUAUCGGGGCUGGAACCGGAAGUGAUUGAGUUUGUUACCAAGAUAAUCACCGAACAGAUUGAGUUUCGUGAGAAAAAUAACACACAGCGAAAGGAUUUCAUUCAACAGUUGAUUGAACUACGACGGGAGGACACUAAAAACAAGGAAGUGAUGCUGACGCUGGGACAAUGUGCUGCCAAUAUUUUCCUCUUCUACAUUGCCGGUUCGGAUACCUCGAAUGCGGUGAUUAGUUUUACUCUGCACGAACUUAGCCAUAAUCCAGACUGUAUGGAGAAGCUUCAAAAUGAAAUAGAUGAAACGUUGCAAAAAUCCAACGGCAUUGUGAGUUACGGUGUUGUGAAAGAGAUGAAAUAUCUGGACUUGUGUGUUAAAGAAACUCUGAGGAAAUAUCCGGGAUUACCGAUUUUGAACCGAGAGUGCACUGCAGACUACCAGGUUCCCGAUUCGGAGGUGGUGAUUCGUAAGGGAACUCAGGUCAUCAUUCCUUUGCUGGCGUAUGGCAUGAGUGAAGAAUACUUCCCGGAUCCCACUCGCUACGCACCGGAACGAUUCGCCACUGAGAGUCAAAAUUAUGACGAAAAGGCCUAUUAUCCGUUUGGAGAAGGUCCACGAAAUUAUAUUGGAAUCCGUAUGGGAUCGAUGAUUUCGAAGAUUGGUCUGGUGCUGCUGCUAUCAAAGUUUAAUUUUGAGGCUACCCGAGAAGCAAAAAUCGACUUCAUGCCUUCGGUGAUAACUCUCGUGCCAGAGGGAGGAAUUCCACUGAAGAUAUCAAGCAGAACAUGA